AUGCGGCAAACAGCGCAGUACCCUCCAGGCCUGGCCCAGUGCACUUCCAACUCGCCCUACGUCGGCUUCGAGGGCCAGCUGACUGAGUUCGAGCACGACGUCAGCGGCACGGUGCGCAUCGUGGAUGACUGCACUUUCGAGGUUUCCGGCUUCACCUACGACGGCCAGGGCCCCGAUGUGUACUGGUGGGGCGGCCCUUCCACCGACUACAGCGACAUCCGCUCCGAGGGCUUCCGCAUCGUGCCGGAGCAAGUGACCCGCGGCUACGACGGAGAGACGGUCACCUUCACUCUGGAGUCUGGCCUGACCUGGGAUGACGUUCCAGUCAUCAGCCUGUGGUGUGAGGACUUUGCAGCCGACUUUGGGCACGUGGAGCUGCAGCAGGUUAAUGAGGACCCGCCUGCAGAAGACGAGGAGCCUGUCGCUGAGAGCCCCGUUGAAGCUCCCGUCCCGGCCCCCGCACCGGCUGAAGAGUAG